CUGAGUGUUCCAGCGUGCGACGUAUAAAAAUGUGCGUGCGCACAUACGGUUCAUGCCGAUAUAUAUCAGCCGGCUUCGGAUUGCACUGUCGUGAACUUAGGCCUAUUCGCAGAAAAUCUCUUCAUAUAGAAGACCGGCAACUCCAAAAAUGACACAUUUAUUGACAAUGACUUUGUCCGUUGGAAGUGGCCAUGCUACCUAUCGUAAACCGAUUUCAUAACAGGUGCGCAUUGAGGGCAUCUGUUUCCGUCUGUCUAUGUACGAAUGUGAGGACUGUUUCACAGCUCAAGCGUUGCAUAAAGAACGAUUCCCUUGUUCAGUACCGCGUCUCCUUUAUUAAAGCCACGUUCUCGACUUUCGCCUAUCAUUUCAUCUAUUUCGGUGAUGCUGAAAGACCCACGAGAGAGGAUUCCCUUCAGUCAAACGCGCCGCGACAACGGCCACAAUUUUCAGUUGUUUACCAAGAGUGUCGGGAGCGUCAGUGCCAGUGUAUUGUGUGAAUUGCUAUUAUAUGAGGAAACGACUAUAGAACACGCGGCAUGGAAUUAUACGAGAUACAGAACCCAUGGGCGUCAACGCGUAGAUUUGGGCGGUGAGGCAGGGCUUGUCCCCAUCGCAGGUGUCCGCUUGGCGGAUGGCUUUUUUGAUUAUUCAGCAACAGCCCCGGCGUCACGAAGCUUUACGCUAAACACGUUGGCGUUCCGCGAUGGCGACGUGGCUUUUCAUAAAAAUGCACACGGGGCAAUGCUCUCUACGCAACAUCGUUUACAGCCAACAACUAACGUGCAGUUGCCACAUAUUAAACAGGAAUCCUUCAGCGAUUUGGUGUGUGAGAGUCCGCUGACGACUGCGGUCGACCAGACGGUCGCGUCCCAUAGUAUGUCCCGGAACGGCCACGCCGUACCAGAUUUAGACGCGUCACUUUCAUCGUCAUCUUCAUUACUGACCUCCUCGGCAACCUCGUCAUCCACGACAGCAUCGACCAGCGAGACACAACAGCACUCGAGUCCGGGAGUAACACAGGCAAGCAAUGUGGGGAGUGAACUUCAUAUUCAGUCCCGGAGCGCUCAGUUAUCAUCGUCAUCACCAUCUUCGCAGCCUCGGCGUACGUCCUACCAACGUCAGCAGCAGUUGCAAAUUGCGUUGCAGAUAGCGUCAACACUAGGAGACGUCUGCCUUCCAUUUUCUAGUCAAGCUGUUUCAAAGGGAGUCGUCUCUACGGGAAUGGUGUCACUGGCCGCGAGUGCCGGCCCAUCGGGGUCUGGCCACCACACAAGUCACCACGGGGGUCACCAUGGCCCCCAUGGAAGUGGUCAUCAUUCUGCCACGUUAGCUGGUAACAAUCAACGAAUCCAGCGCAAUAUCGCUGAAAAACAACGGCGGGACAAAUUGAACUCGUCUAUUUCGGAGCUGGCCACCAUGGUCCCAAUGGUUGGAAUGUCAAGCAAACGGCUAGACAAAACGUCCAUACUUAGGCUUAGCGCAGGCCAUCUUCGGUUCCAUCAGACCCAGCUGGUGAGUAGGUUGGAUUUUCCCGGCGUGAUUCAGGACAACCAGAGUGCUGGACCUAUCCGACGAAGGAGACGUUGGCGACCCGCCUAUGUCAAUCAUAACCAUCUACGGGAGCUGAUCGAUGCUCUUGAAGGCUUCGUUCUUGUGACUAAUAUGCAUGGCAAGAUCAUCUACGUAUCGCCAACGGUGGAAGGUUUUCUCGGCCAUCAACAUAUCGAGAUGAUCGGCCACUCAUUAUUCACUUUCAUGCAUGCAGCGGACGUAAACAAUGUCCAUAUGAAACUACAAUCACUAUUUUUAGCAAAAGAACAGUAUCGACUGAUCGGCGACCAACUGGUGUGCGACGACGUCUCGUUUUUUUGCCGAAUACGUGAAAAAACUCAACCACGAUCUGAAGUCAUCACGUAUCAGGCAAUCUAUGCGAUUGGACGUAUCGCAGGUCCAGCUAGGUUCGAAGAGAAUAGCGGUAUGGGAAGCGCUCACAGUACAGCUCUGGCUCAUAAUUUCAGCCCUGCGAGAUUUUUACUCAAGACUUUCGUUCGCAUUUUGAACGCUUCACCCUACAAAGAGCUUUCACUCACCGACGCUAACCGAGACGAGUACGUGACACGUCAUAAGUUGGAUGGUACAAUCAUCUACGCAGACCAUCGUAUUGGUGUGGUGACGGGCCAUCUCCCGCACGAGGUCAUUGGGGUGUCUGCCCACAAAUACAUGGACCCGUCAGAUGUUGUUAUUGCCCUAUUUGCCCAAAAACAAAUGUUAGCUUCGCACUCGGGUAAAGGCGUUGUUGUAUAUCGGCUUAGAACGCGGGGCGAUGACUAUAUAUAUCUUCGUACCUCGGGUUACCUACACUAUGAUCAAACCACGAUGCAGGUUGACCACUUUGUGUGCGUAAAUACGUUAAUGUCGAAGGAAGAGGGUGAACGUGAACGACAGGAGUUAUGCAACCGGUUUUCGCCACACAUCAACUCAGUGACCGUUGAACAUCUAAAUGAUUUCUUCAGCUCAGUCCAUGCCCAUACCCUCAGACGCAUACAGCGAUCCAAAGAAUCCACCGAAAUCAACUUAAACAAGCAUGUUCCAGGUGGUUCUGCAUGCGAUCCGUUAGCGCUGGAGAACCUUGUAGAGCCCAAUUUACUCCUCGGCUCGAAUUGCUUCGUCAAACUCAAAACCGAGUAUGAUUCGGAAGAUCUCGAGGAGAUAUCGGUAGGCCGAAUGUCCUGCGUUCCUGACGGAGAGCGAGCGUCCUGUGCCUCUGGCGACACGAGCCAUCCCGCUUGUUCGACGAUGGAUUCAAGUGCACAAUCACUAAUUCGUAACGCUGAAUCAUCCAGUCUCGUAAGCAGGUCAAACGAUGGUGUAGAGGUUUCAAACCUGCCCGUUAUGCCAAGUACGUCGCCCGUCGCUUCCGAUGCGAGAAUCGGAAUAGGCGUAGAAGUCACACAAUUUACGCAGGGCCAGUUUUCGUCGAAUGUCAACGUUCGUCAGCUGAUGCAUAGCCGACAGUCGAAUCAGCAACACCUGCAACAGCUGCAAAGUAGAAAGGCUAAAUGGAACAGCUGCAAUUUUCAACGCUCUGUGUUAACCGCCGUUGGAACGCAUCAUCGGAACUCAUCGGGGUCGAGCAUAGGCUACGCCCCGUCAGGAUCGCCGUCGUCAAUCUGUUCAUCGCCCGUCGAUGAUGCCGUUCAUCGUAACAUGUAAAGAACAGCAUUACAAAGAAGUGUACAUUUCACUUCAUCCACCCGUAAAACGCAACGUUCAAUGCAUCAUUCAAUCACAGCGGCACAUUAUCGCGGUAAUCUUCGAUAUCAUAUCUGUUUACUGCUUCCAGCUGAUCUACAAUCAUUGACCGGCAGCUCGUCGUAUCAACCGAUGGUUAGUUUCAGGCUAACUCGUAAAUUCGUGUCGGCAAAAAAAUCAGCGACAUUCUGAGCAAAGUAUCUCAAAAUCAAAAGGCCAGUUGCGAUGCCGUGUCAGUAGAGUUGACGCAGAAAACACUCUACGUAAUCCUGUUUAUUAGACUCAAAGAUAUUGUCAUUGCUCAAUACCGAAAAUUCGAUACCGUUACCAAUUAAUGCUCUUUUCCAUCGAAGUUAUUGGCAUCGACUUCCCGUCGUGUCUGUUCGACGAGUCUUUGACUAUUGUUUUGGCUAUUACAUAGUGUGACAAGACUGCGAGACCAGACGAAAAUUCACUCAAUAAGCGUCGUUGUUCCGCAUGCAAACAAGACAAAAGAUUAGAGCUAUUUUACACACAGAAGUAAAUGAUAUUCUAAAGUUAGAUUACGCAUGGGGCCUUGCGUAUAUUUGUAUGCCGAUGGAAGCCCCCCUCGGCAUCUAUGAUUCUUAUCAUUGUACUAUCAUCUUUGCAGUAGAAAAAAAUUCAGUGGGGAGUUACUAUGAUGAAUGUCACUGACGAACCAGUCUGAACGGGUCGGUCAUAAAGUUAAACUGAGCUGAAAGCAAAUUUAGAUACUGUCCUCAGAGAAUGCUGAAACCAGAUUGUUGUAGAUAUUUUUCAGUAUUUUAGCAGAUCCGCGCAAAAAGAGAUUGGAAUGAAAAACCGUAACUUCGUGAAGUAUAUACAUCGGUAGGUAAGAUUAAUACCUGUGUACUCGCACAGUACAUAAAAAUGCUCAGCUUCCGCCUUUUAAUGGCCCUAUAUAUUUAAGAAGCAGAAGAAAGAUUUCAAAUGAUCCAAAUGUAUUUAUAGCACCUCUAUGAGAAACCAUAAAACUUAUAUAUCAGUUCUGUAAUAUAUAUGCAUACAUCUAUGUAUAUAUAUUACCAAGCAACCAACAAGAAAAAGAUACGGGGCAGGAAACUGAGAUGAGGAUAAUGAAAAUAUGUAUACAGAAGAGUGCAUAGCCAACCAUUCAUCCACCCACCUUCACAUAUAUACGAGUCCGCGUAAACGAUCCAAGUGAGCAAUCUAAACGUGAACUUAAUGCAUAUGACUGGGGCAAAGGGGACCGAGUCGGAGACUGAGGAUCGGAGGAACAUGUAAAGGCAAUACACACGGAGAUUCUUCCGAGCUUUGAGUAUCAAAAUAGUUCAGAUGCGGGAAAAGAAAACGAUAACGGUGGAAGGACACGAGAAAGGGAUAUUGGAGCAGUUGCCUAACGUAGAUGCGGUAACUUGUCCUCAUCCGUUUGAACUUUUUUUGAUUAAUAAUAAAUAGUUAUGAAUUGAAGGUGAACUAAUAAACUGCAUGGCCAAAAAUUGCAUUGUACGCUAAAUAUCUUUUGGUAGAUGUAUGUGAUUAGGUGAAAAUGAGCUUAACAUGUUUUAUCCGUUACUCGUGUAUACUAUCAUAUCGCAGACAUUUCAUGUACUGAAACUUGAAUAGGACUCUAGAUAGAUGCAGGCAGGAUCGGAACCACAUCAGCUUCUUCCUAACAGCAAAUAGUUAACAUGAAUGAGCCAGCAUUGUUAAGGGCGAGUGAAGAUAAUGCAUAGCAACACAUACAUUUUGUGCAGACCUUUGCUCUGACCAGUAGUGCCAAUCUUCCCUAUACGCCUGCAUACGCAUUUGACGAAGCACUGACCGUUGGAUAUGUAUGGGAGUUCUGGCGGUUUUGUCUGCGUAAACCCAGUUAUGCCGAUCUGAUGAGCGACUAUUUCCGACAUUUGUGUCUGGACAUGUUGGCUUUGGUGUGAUAAAGCGUUACCGUAAAGCUGGCUUCAAGAUAUCAUUCUCUCAAACGACCGUCUUCUGGUCGACAAUAGAACGCGACGUUUUCGCUAAUAGUGGCGAUAGCGGCAGUUAUCACAGCGCAAACACUAACGUACUGAUAAGCUGUAACAAAACUCUACGAUAUGUAGAACUGUAGCGAUCGAAUUAAAAUCAAAGGGAUACAGAGAACAUGCUUAGACCAUUGUUACAGGUAUAUCGUAUCUACGUCGUGUAUACCUACAUAUAUAUAUAUAGAUUUAUAUAAUAUAUACUAUUUAUUUUCCUGUUGUUAGUGUGCACGAGAUUUUUAUCGUCAUUAUUAUCUGGUGAUGAGAGGAAAAACAUCGUACAUGUUGCAGGCAUUAUCAGAUUAUUCGCGUCGUUAAACCCCCCUCAAAAAUACAUAUGUAUAAGUAUAAAGUAUUUCCUCCGGGAUUUGCGAUACAGGAAUAUGUACAUUGUUGUAUGAAUAAUAUGUAGUAAGAGAAUCACUAAAAGCUAACAUAUUCUAGGGAUGUCACGGUGUCGUGAUAUAACAAUAUAUAUAUAUAUAUAUAUAACCGCUUCUUGUAAGUGCUGAAAAAUUAUGAAAUAACUUAGCAAGCUGUUGUUGUAGCAGAUAUAAAUUAUAUAGCAAUGGUACAAGAAGACAAGGCCCAACAUAAAAGGGAAAUAUACUUGGUACUCUUAUACCCACACAAACGCGCGCACACACAAAGAUAUGUGAAGUACAUAGUAUGUGGAUACAGUUAGUGACCAUAUUGUAGCACAAUGACAAUAACGAUAAAUUGAGAUGGAUGAUAAUAGGAAGAAAGGAAGACGAAAGGAAAAAUAAGGAAAGAAAAAAUACCUGUAUAGUUGAAUUUUCGUUGAUACGACUCCUGUGUGUGUGUGUGUGUGUGUAUAUAUGUGUUUACAUUUAAGCUCUGUCGUUCCACGUGCUCUUCCGAUUCCGUCCCAUCCAGUCGAUUAGAAAAAGCAGACUUCAAAAACGACAUGGAUGAAUAUUUCUAAGCCGUCAGUUGAACAGAUUGCGAUUUCCGUUGCAAAUCAUUGGGGUACAUAAAUUUCUCCGCUGUCGUCGCGCAUCAGUUAACGUUAUACGCUAAACUAACAGGCAGUCAUGGAAAAGACACGAGUUAGUGGCCUCUCCCCAGGAACAGAUCUGCCUCAGCAUAGCGCUUCAACGAAUUCUAUACCCUUCAUCCUCGUCCACCCAUAAUCACUCAUUUUCGUACAUAAUCGUCUUCUUUUCGUUCGCUUACAACCUAUUCAGGUUACGUUUUUAAUGGUUGACCAAAUAGGAUAAAAUUGCCCCUUAUCAAAACGAAUUAAUGUACGCUUGUUGUUUUCUAUGGUUUUGCACAACUGUAGGGUGCAAUACUGACAGCUACCCACCCGCACACAUAUAGACGCGAAUCUGUCUAAAGUUAUCAGCGAUCUUUUCCUAUGUACCUUGAAUAGUUCGAUUGCCAGGACGCGAUUUAUUGGAAACAAUCGUUUAUCUGAUAGAUCCGAUAAUGGAAAAGGUAAGGUCUUGGAUUGGACGCACCAUCCCGCUAUAGGGGUCGCUUUAAAAACACGAAUUGGAUAUUUCUAUGCCACUGGACCCUCUUCCAGGACAUAAGCUUGCUGAGAUAAAAUUUUCAUUUUUAAAUUAUUGAGGACCAUGAAUUUAUUCGUUGUGCCCAAUCAGUUUUCGUUUGUUCUGCCAUUCGUAGGUAUCGUUUGUGCUGUACAGAAAGACGAAUCUAAUCACUGAUGCUGUUUCACUACGCUACGCACGUUUCUGUUAAAGAACGUUCCCUAGAAUUUCUAGUCUUUGAUUGUAGCCGUUAUGCAGAAACAAGCGUGGGUGGAAGCUCACUUUGCACGAAUUCGGUAAUUCGUAGAAUCUUAAAGCUCCGUUAUCCUAAUUGACGAUGGAAGCACGGUGAGCACACCGUACACUCGCACCUCUACUAUCAAAAUACAUAGUCCGCUUUAGUAGCCUGAUAUUAGACUUGUUUUAGCCGCAUCAGAGCUUCUUAUUGUGACAUUUAUCUACCGUUACACCCUACUCUCGUUCUCAGAGCGAGAAGAAACGGAAGAAUGUUGUUUAACGGAUCCGGGUCCCAGCUUCAAAAUGUCGUCCAGAUGUUUCAUGAAGCUCAUUACACUGAGAUUUAACUGACUACAGGUAUGUCUGUGCUAUUUAGCUUCGACUUCAUAUAUUUAUACAUAUGGAUUGGGCAGUGAAAACGUUAUGCUCAGCAGGUAUUACCGCUGAAUGUUUGGGUUUAUGUAUGUGUAGGAAAAAAGAGAGUUCGCUGCGGCGCUGAGGUUUAUAUAAAGAAUUUAUGGAUGAAUCGAAAGGACCACGGUCGUCCUUCUGUGUCGUUGGUUUUUCCGCAAAGCGGUUGAUUAAAGAGGACUGUUUAUUUCUUAGAGUCAAACAAGGAAGAAGGGAAAUAUAGAAUAUUUCUAAAAAUAACCCCAUUUGCUAGGAUCAGAAAUUUCUCUUACGAUGGCAUAAAUUGCUUCUGCCAGGUGAAGUUAACAUGACUGUAUUAAUUUGCAUGUUUUUUUGUGGCAACGAAGACAGCUCGGAAAGGAACUGUAUGGUGGAGCUCUUACUCAUAUAACGUAAUCAUAGUAUAUGUCUCAUUUGGCGAAAAUGAAACAUACGCUGCUGCGACUAUUCAACAAUGAUGCAAUAUGAUGACAAUUUAUAGAGCAACUCUAAUAGAACUAUGGAAGUGAAAGGACUGCUAAGAAAAUCUAAUCGAUACUAUCAAAAGUUGUUUUGCCAAAGAAAAACUUGACACAAUAAUGUAAUUUGUAAGUUUAUUCGGUGUGCACACAGUUCUCUGACAGAAAAGCACAGUUAUUAUGUUGGCUAGGAACAAUGUCGCUAAUGGAGGCUAAUUUACCCUUCAGCAUUACUGCGACUUCACUUAUAGUCUACCUCACGUCAUUAUGGUUAGUAAGCUAUAUUAUAUGUAAUACCACCGUCGAUUGGUAAUUGUUGAUUAACUGCUGAUAAGAUCAAGCAGGAGCCGCAGCAAAUUCUCACAUUGCUCGAGAACUUACUCCCGUAAAGAAACCUAUGCUUAAAAAAUGUCUCCAUACGCCAAAUCGAAAAGUACGCACAAAUGCCAGUUACAUCGUGGACAAAAAUGCUAUAUAUCAGUAAAGGAAAGACGUAAGUUAUCCUACAGGUCGCCGUCCUUCUAAAGUUGAUCUCUUUUAAGGAAGACCAAAAACUUUCAUUCAGAUUUUUCCCGUUCGAAUAACCAUAUUAAUUACACUUCCUAUAUUUUUCAAUCGAUUUGGCAAUGAAACCUCCAGCUGAAAAACUCAGGGAUCACUGGUUGAAGCCACGCCAGUGACAUGUAUUACGUAACAAUUAAAAGGAUAAGGUCUAUUUUUGAGCUAGCCCUGGUACAGGAGUGUCCGAGGGUAUGACAUGUGAUCUACCUCUUUUUGCUGCGACUUUUGCUGCUUCACUGAGAUAAUGGAGCGUCGGGCAAUAAAUGAUAAAUCAUCAUUCAAUCGGGCAGAUCAGUCAAUCGGUCGUUAAUGUCCCGGUGCUGAUUCACCGGGAAUAAAUAUACGUGCGGCGUGCCACACGUAUUACUAUAAAAACUCAUCGAACAGUCUGAGGUUGGGACGCACGUUUCGAUCGAUUCUUGAGAUCGGCAAAGACAUUAGAAUACUAAUCAUUUCCAGUUAACCUUCAGGCUUGACCGAUCUCACUUUGUCCGUCUGCUCGGCCCGGCACUACACAUGGCGAACCGCCCUUAUAUACGUAGAUAUUAUACACAAAUGUUAGUGUGCACUCGCGUUUUCGCGUGGACAUUGAGCCCAACACAGGAAAUACCGUCAUUUUAGGAAGGAACAGGGUAACCGUAUCAUAGUAGACAUAAGGACGACCCCAACAAUAGACAACGUACGAGACUUGCUGAUAUUAACGCAAUACGGUCAGAGACGAUUAUGAUAGUGUGUUAUCAGCUAACGACGAAUACAAACAGAGAUCAGCUUUGGCGGCCCGAUGCGUUGUUAUCUUGCGUUUUCCGUUGAUUGUCUAUUGGGUUGACCGCUAAUGAAUUCUUCUCGCUCGGGCCAGCUAUUUGGUUGGCCCGGUAAAUGUUUAAGGAUUCAUAAUAAAUGGCCAAGAUCGACUGAGUCGAAAGGUCACGACGUAAAGGUACGGUGUACAGUAAUAGCAAAAGCGAAGGCCAAAGAAAAAAACUUGGGCUUUAAUUGCGAUUUCGGCUUAAAAACACUAAAUAACGAGCUACAUAAUUAUUAUUAUAAAGUCACUGGCGUAUGAUCAUUACCAUUUGAUUCACUCCGCUUUGCGUGUCAAUAGAAAACUGCCGAGCAGAACUUUCAGUGUGCAAAUUGUAACAAUGGGCAUCGUUGAUUUAUAUAACUUACAUACUGAUCACACUAACAUGAUACGGUCAUAAAGAUGGCUUCACAAUGAUGAUAUGCUAAAAAGAGACGUAGACUCUGGGAAUAGGCGUUGUUAUGAGUCAUAUAGGGAGAAACUUAGAAUUACGUUAUUGGAGGGCGCCACGUUAAAACAUGUGCCGAGGGCCAUGGAUGGAAUCACUGCAUAAGCUGUGAUCAAAAAUAAAAAUAAACAAUAAUAUAAAAUAUAAUAAUAGUACCAAGAUUAGCCCUGCUAAUGGCGCGGUGGCCAAAUCGUAAGGGUCACCGUUCAGUGUUAUAACACAAAGGACUAAUGGAUAUGAUACAUUCGGAUCUCUAGAUGAACGAUGACGAAGAAAUUGUCGAUACUCCAACACAAGAGUCUGCGCUGGUGGUUAGCAGAUACCAAUUUCUGAGCAAUUCUUUCAUCGAUAUGUAAUCUUCGUCAAAAUUAGGACAGGUCAAUAUGUAACCUUUUUAAUCAAUUAGGCCAAAAAGAAAAAGAUGCUACUGCGGCAAGCUUCAAGCAUCAACCGGCAUUCAACGACGUCGUGUACAGUUUAUCGAUAUGUGUAUUGCUCAAUGGGCAAUGGCUUAAAGAGAUCCUUGCGCCGCAACGCUUGCCUGGGUAUCGUCAACACCUGUGAUGGUGCGACAUACACGUAGAGUGUUCGGCCAUAGCCUCAGUACCUAAUGAGCAUUGCUUGUGUGCAGAAUUGAUGUGAUUGAUGGGUAUGCGAUUGAUGCUAGACAGAGCAGUAAAAGUAGAGGAAUAUCUGAUCUUGAUAUAUAUAUGAUUAUGUUAUUGCUGUAACAAGGUGAGACAAUUUCGAAAAGUCGAAACAUCGAGGAAUGAGGCGAACCGGACACGAAACGGUGAGCGACAAAUUGAUAUCUAAUCAUGUCGUUUAAAGAGAAACGCGAGGCAAUGGAGGCAACAGACGAAAACAGUAACAACCGAAAUAACAGUUAAAAUGAUAAUAGUACCAAUGGUAACGUUGUUAUGGAUGACUGAAUGUGGAAAGAGCGAAUUUCUGUCCUACUUAUCGUAAGAAGAAGGUUUUACGAAAGACACUAAUUGAGUGUUUUGACUGAAAUAUUAUUACCUUUCGGUGUUUGUAGAGCAAAAGUGGCCUACGUUAAAGGCCGGAUCCCCGGUGAGGAAACAUGAAGGACCGUGACCAAGAAUAAUAAGGCCCCUUAGUGACUAUGCUGGUGUUAAGCUAUAAUACUAGCAAUGAUUGAAAUAACUGAAAUGGUAAUGAAGCUCACGAUAACAACGGUGAAUAUAGAAAGAUAAGAACUACCUAUAUAUAUAGAGAUGACAAUGAUCUUGUUGUAUUGUGUGAUGAUCGUGCGUCAUCGGCCAUAGGGUGCCGGCCGGCCGCCCAAUAUUGGGGGUAAAAUACUACAAGGCUGUGUUUGCACUUAAUGUCUACUACGUUGCAUCUGUCAUUGCUAAUGCAGGACUACGAGGGGGGUAUGUGUGAUUAACUACAUAUGUGUACGUUUGUUAUGGUGCUGUGUAUAUGAAAGGUAGAGAACGAUAACGUUUGGGAGUGAGCGUGCAUUCUUCAGCAAUGCACGAGCAGAGAGUCACUGGUUCAGAAAUAAACAUGAUGAUACUGAUGGAAUAGAGAGAUAAACGAUUCAAGAGAUAAGAACAGAUGAAAGAAAGGAAGCAAAUUUACCCUAUAUUGCUCAACGUAACCUUAAACUUAAAUUGCGUACAUUAAUAUAUUCUCCAAUAAAAUUGUUUUUAUUGUUGA